AUGCUGGGUGCCCACGCUCGUCAAGCGAAUGUUGAGGGUGGAUCUGCUGUAUAUGGCAGCAUCUGCCGCAGCGGCGUGCGCCCAGACAUCUUCACGUACCUGGCAAUGUUCAACAUGAUUGCAAGCCAUGGGAAGGAAGUAAGCCAAGCCACUGGACAGCAGGCGCGUCAAGGGGCUUUAGGUUGGCAGGACGCAAACCGCUCGCGCAUCAAGCUGUGGCAGUCAGACUACUCAAAGCUGUGGCACUGGGAGAAGGACAUGCGGCAGAGAUUCAAGCUGCAGCACGACACGCUGACUUUGAAGGCUCUCAUGCGAGCAUACAGCCGCGUGGGCAAGGUGGAUGAUGUCGUGCGAGUUUUGCACGAAGAAGUGAACGCAGGUCGACUGAAAGUGCAGGCUGACGCAUACGCCAUUGCUAUAGGGGCGGCAGCAAGGUGGCAAAAGAUGGACGCCGCUCUGAAGCUGCACGAGCAGAUGGUCAAGCGGGGCGUUCCAGCCACUGUCCAGACGUACAACUCCCUGAUGGUGGGCCUGAAGCACAAAAGUGCUACGAAACACACCAACACAAUGAGGCUUCUGCGACAGAUGCAGGCGGACGGCCUGCGCCCAGACGCGGUGACCUACCAUGUGCUGGUGUCGAUUGCAUGCAGCAGUGGGGACGUGGGAGAUGGGCUGCGCUGGGUGGAAGAGAUGAUGCGCAGGCGCAUCAGGCCUGUGCCAGAAACUUGGGCUAACCUCGUGGCGGCUUGCGUUGAUGGCAGGCACAGCCUCGAGCUCGAGAAGGUGGUCGGCAUGAUGGACGAAAGACAGGAGGAGCUGAUGAGAUCCGUGCUAGAUGAGCUGUGA